CCACAGUAGGCGCCGACUUCCCGGGAGCAGCGGCUGGCAGCAUGGACCCGCGGCGGGCUUCGGCGGGCUGCAGUCAGGAGCUCGGCCGCCUGCUGCAGGCGGUGCUGACGAGUCGUGGCCAGGCGAACGCGGUGUUCGACAUCCUGGCCGUGCUUCAGUCCGAGGACCCCGAGGAGAUUCAGGAAGGAGUGCGCACGUGCAGCCGACUCUUCGGUGCCUUGCUGGAACGGGGAGAGCUAUUCGUGGGCUCGCUGCCAUGCGAAGACGCGGUCCUGGCAGGAUCCCAGGGAGCCACACACAAAUACAAGGUGUGGAUGCGACACCGAUACCACAGCUGCUGUAACCGACUGGAGGAGCUCUUGGCCCAUCCCUCCUUCCAGGUCAAAGAGCUGGCUCUCAAGACGCUCAUGAAGUUUGUGCAGCUGGAAGGAAAGAAACCCCUAGAGAAGCCACAGUGGGAAAAGCACUACCUCUUCCCCCGCACUCUCCUCAGGGCUGUGGUGGGAGGCCUGCUUACACCCGAGGAUGACCACAGCCUGCUUAUCUCCCAGUUCUGCGAGUACCUGGAAUAUGACGACAUCAGGUACCACACAAUGCAGGUAGCCACAGGCAUAGUGGCCCGGGCCACCAGCCAGAAACCUGAGGUGUCACUCACCUUCUGGAACAAUGCCUUUACGUUGCUGUCUGCUGUGCACCUGCCCCUCCGAGAGGGUGACCCCCCCAACUUCUACGUGAAGCAUGCACAGAUGUCCGACAAGUGGAAGGCCGUUCACUUGAAGGAGCACAGAAAAGCUUUCCAGGAGAUGUGGCUUGGCUUCCUCAAGCACAAGCUGCCCCUCAGCCUCUAUAAGAAGGUGCUGGUGGCUAUGCAUGACGCCAUCCUGCCCCACCUGGCUCAGCCCACGCUCAUGAUUGACUUCCUCACAAGUGCCUGCGACAUGGGUGGUGCCAUCAGCCUCCUGGCCUUGAACGGGCUCUUCAUCCUCAUCCACGAGCACAACCUGGAAUACCCCGACUUCUACCAAAAGCUCUAUGGCCUCCUGGAUCCAUCUAUCUUCCACGUCAAGUACCGAGCCCGCUUCUUUCACUUGGCUGACCUCUUCCUUUCCUCCUCCCACCUCCCGGCCUACCUGGUGGCUGCCUUUGCCAAACGCCUGGCCCGGCUGGCCCUCACAGCACCUCCUGAGGCCCUGCUUAUGGUCCUGCCUUUCAUCUGCAACCUGCUGCGCAGACACCCUGCCUGCCGAGUUCUGGUGCACCGCCCACAGGGCCCUGAGCUGGAUGCUGACCCGUACAACCCCGUGGAGAAGGACCCGGCCAGGAGCCAUGCCUUGGACAGCUGCCUGUGGGAACUGCAGACGCUCCAGCAGCACUACCACCCUGAGGUGUCCAGAGCUGCCAGUGUCAUCAACCAGGUGCUCUCAGUCCCUGAGGUCAGCAUCGCCCCGCUCCUGGACCUUACUGCAUAUGAGAUCUUUGAGCAAGACCGCAAGAAGAAGGCCCCUGAGUCAGUGCCCCUGGAGUUCAUCCCCGCUAAGGGCCUGUUGGGCCGACAGGACGACCUCUGCACCCAGUUCUUCACUCUCAGCUGACCUGACUGUCACCUCUUCUCCUGAGAAUUAUCUUUUUGUGUCUGAGUCAAGAUCUCACUAUGUGAGGCUGGCCUGUAACUUGUGGUACUCUUCCCUGGGCCUCCCCGGUGCUGAGGUUACAAGGGUGUACCACCAUGGCUGGGUCCAAAUAAAUGGUUUGUUUUGGUUUUGGUGGUUUUGUUUGGUUUAGUUUGGCUUUGCUUCUUGAGACAGUGUUUCUCUGUGUAGCCCUGGCUGUCCUGAAAAGUGCACUGUAGACCCUGCUGGCCUUGAACCCAGUCAG